GCGUGGUACCGGCGGGCAGGACGCCUCGCCAGGCGGGCGGCCAGCUUGUAGAGCAGCGGGCUCGGCGCUUGGGCUACCUCACGUCAGCUUCCCCUCAGCCCCUGCGGGAGGAUGAACCUGGAGCGGCUGAGGAAGCGGGUGCGGCAGUACAUCGACCAGCAGCAGUAUCAAAGUGCCCUGUUUUGGGCAGACAAAGUAGCUUCACUGUCUCAUGAGGAACCACAAGAUAUCUACUGGUUGGCCCAAUGUCUUUACCUGACAGCUCAGUAUCAUAGGGCAGCUCAUGCCCUUCGAUCACGUAAAUUGGAUAAGUUAUAUGAAGCAUGUCGCUACCUUGCAGCUAGGUGUCAUUAUGCUGCAAAAGAACAUCAACAAGCUCUGGAUAUUCUUGAUAUGGAAGAGCCAAUCAACAAAAGGCUUUUUGAAAAGUACUUGAAGGAUGAAAGUGGAUUGAAAGACUCUACCACAGACUGGGAGAUGUCACAGUCCUCUAUCAAGAGCUCUAUAUGCCUUUUGCGAGGAAAGAUCUAUGAUGCUUUGGAUAACAGAACCCUAGCAACAUACAGCUACAAAGAGGCCUUGAAGCUUGAUGUUUACUGCUUUGAAGCAUUUGAUCUUUUAACAUCGCACCAUAUGCUGACGGCACAAGAAGAAAAAGAGCUUCUUGAAUCUCUACCUCUUAGUAGACAGUGUACAGAAGAAGAACAAGAAUUGCUUCACUUUUUAUUUGAGAAUAAAUUGAAAAAGUAUAAUAAACCCAGUGAAACACUGAUUCCUGAAUCAGUAGAUGGUCUUCAGGAAAACCUGGAUGUGGUAGUAUCCUUAGCUGAAAGACAUUAUUAUAACUGUGACUUCAAAAUGUGUUACAAGCUUACUUCAGUAGUAAUGGAAAAGGAUCCUUUCCAUGCAAAUUGUUUACCUGUGCAUAUAGGAACGCUUGUGGAGCUUAACAAAGCAAAUGAGCUUUUCUAUCUUUCUCACAAACUGGUGGAUUUGUACCCAAAUAAUCCUGUGUCAUGGUUUGCAGUAGGAUGCUACUACCUCAUGGUUGGCCACAAAAAUGAACAUGCCAGAAGAUACCUCAGCAAAGCUACUACACUUGAGCGAACCUACGGGCCUGCGUGGAUAGCUUAUGGACAUUCAUUUGCAGUUGAGAGCGAGCAUGACCAAGCAAUGGCUGCAUACUUCACAGCUGCACAGCUUAUGAAAGGGUGUCAUUUGCCAAUGCUCUAUAUUGGACUGGAAUAUGGUUUGACCAACAACUCAAAGUUAGCUGAAAGGUUUUUCAGCCAAGCUUUAAGUAUUGCACCUGAAGAUCCUUUUGUUAUGCAUGAAGUUGGAGUGGUUGCAUUUCAAAAUGGAGACUGGAAGACUGCAGAAAAGUGGUUUCUUGAUGCACUGGAAAAAAUCAAAGCUAUCGGAAAUGAGGUGACAGUGGAUAAGUGGGAGCCUUUAUUGAACAACUUAGGACAUGUCUGCAGAAAACUCAAGAAAUAUGAAGAAGCACUGGAAUACCAUCGUCAGGCUCUAGUAUUAAUUCCUCAGAACGCUUCUACUUACUCUGCCAUCGGCUACAUACACAGUCUAAUGGGCAAUUUUGAAAGUGCCAUCGACUAUUUUCAUACGGCCCUUGGUCUUAGGAGGGAUGACACAUUUUCAGUCACAAUGCUUGGACAUUGCAUAGAAAUGUAUAUUGGUGAUUCUGAAGCCUACAUUGGAACAGAGAUCAAAGACAAAUUAAGAUGUUACGACUUUGAUGUACAUACAAUGAAGACAUUAAAGAACAUCAUUUCACCUCCCUGGGAUUUCAGAGAAUUCGACAUAGAAAGACAAACUCUGGAUGAAAGUGGCAUAGUAACUUUAGAGACAUCACAUCAAAGAAAAAGUACAGAUACCAGCCGCCCACUGGAAGAAACAUUUGAGAUUGAAAUGAAUGAAAGUGACAUGAUGUUAGAAACAUCAAUGUCAGACCAUAGCACAUGACCAUAAAUGUUGAUAGCUCAUUUUGUUGAAGUACAAUACAUUUGUUUUAGCAUUUUUGUUAUGGUGUUCUACUUUCAAGAAUUUACUAUUUUUCUAUGAAUUCAAACUACUACUCUGUACUUAACACCAGAGAAAUAAUGCUUGCCUUAAGGAUGAUUAAAAAGUAUAGGUGGACUAUUUCUACAAAAAUAAUCAUACAAGAUGAAGUAAAAAAUAAAUUCACUUUUUUUUUUUAAACUGUUUACUGAUCUGUCUGACAUCAGUAAGACUGUGAAGGCUUAAAAAUAGUACUUCACAUGGAACUGUUCACAGUGUUGUUACAUUGAAUAGCCAGUCUAAUAUAGCAGUAUUGUGACUUCUGAGUUUUCAUUCUGUCUGUGUGGAAUGCCUUCUCAGUAAAUAAACAGAAUUUCAUUAAGUUUUAGACAUGCUACUUCAUAAAUAUAUAUUCAUUUAAGGACCAAUUUCAGUGGGUUUCCAUCAUUUGACUCUUAAUUUGGCAUACAUUAAGCUGGUGACAAAGCAUGUACUACAUUCUCCCAGUUAUUAAUUUCAAUUCUUUAUCUAUUGUAUAACUGAAAGAUCACUUGAAAACUUUUUCUGGGAAGCUGACUACACCACAAACAUGAUGUAAAUAUGCUUCUGGGAAGCUGACUACACCAAACAUGGUGUAAAUACUAAGAUCGAUCAGUCUUACAGUAGUGUCAUAAGAAAGCUGUAAGCCACAGUGUACACUACCAUAGGGACCACGCUCCCUCUCUUCACACAGUUGCUUUGUCAAUGCAAAGGAUUAACUGAGUAAUACACGUACACACUUUUUACAAGCCUCUAAAGUGUGGUAUUUUUAAAGUCAUUGGUUCACUGAAAAAAAGAAGUAAAACAUACACCUCUGAAACAGCAGCAGUGACUUGUCUGUCUACUACACAGGACAGGUCUGUUUGCUGCUUUAGCAUGAAUGUUGAAUGUAUUCUGUGUAAUUCUUUUCCUUUGUUGCCUUUUUCACCUGUGUGACUGUGGGGCUUAUAAUUAAAAACUUAAUGCUACAA